CCCGGGAGCCGGCGGCCUUGGAGUCCUGAGAGCGCGGGGAAGGCGGCGGGAGGGCCCGGCGGCCUCGCGCGUUUCCCCCUUUAGAGAACCGAGAGGUGAGAGAUUUGAGCCUCCCGGAACGCACUCCUUCCCCGCACACACCCCUGGCACCGAGGAACUCCUUACCGUAACAGCCCUAUCGAGGAGCCGGUCCCCCGGGAAGCCCGCCCGGAACACCUGGACCCGCACAGCACGCCAGGUGCACCCCCCUUCGGGCGCACGCCGAGCCGUUCGGAUGUGCUGCGGCCACGAGCCGGGCUCCCCCAUAAGACUCUGAACCCUGUGAUCUGUCGGUCGCUUCUGGGUCAGGAGCAGCCAGAGCAGGUGCACAGGCCCUGCUCAGUAAGAAGGCAGCGGUUAAGACCUGGGGACGCCAGGCUCAAAUGCACUGGGGUUUCAUUCCUAAUGGCCUCUGUUUAGCCUCCUGUGGGCCUUCUUCGCCUCGGUUUCCCCUCUAUAAAACGGAGCGAGGGGUAGCUCUUCCUUCAUAGGGUGGCAUGAGGGUUAAAUGAGAUAAUGUGUGGCUGGCGCUCAGCUCAGCUACCAGCACACCAUAGUUGCCCAAUAAAUGCUUAUUGUCAGCAUAAUGGUGCUUGCAUACCUGGUCCCUCCACUCCCACCGCCACCCCCCAAGCACAUGCCUGUUGUCACUAAGGCUGAGUGGUCACCACCAGUCUGGCCCACAGCCUGAGUUCCUUUCAGGAUGCUUGGACUGUCCAACCUCUUGGGGUCCCUUCUGGACAUGCCAGGAAAGGAAGGCCAGAGAGGGUAAUAGCAUCAUAGGCGUGUGGCUGAGUGUCAGGGGGAGGGUAAGAAGUGGCCACCCACGUGCCAAUAAGGCCACCCAACAGAUGUGCGUAUCCAAAAAUGGGCAUCAGAACUGGCUGAUCUGAGUGUGUGUCUGUUAGUCAUUUGUGCACCCAAACACCCAGUGUUUGGGGUCAGAGGCCACAGAGAUGCGUGGGGAAGGGGGGACACUCUAGAGCUGUGGGGUUCCUGAGUUCAAGUCCUAAGGCCGUCACUUGCUCACUGGGUUACUUUGGGCAAAGGACUUCACCUUUCCGAGCCUCAGUUUCCUCACCUGGAGAGUGAGGUGAUGAUAAUCAGCUCAAGUUGCUGUUGGAGACGGCAGGGGGUAAUACGUGUGAGGUGCUUAGUGCUUCGCACAGGACCUGGCACGUAGUAAGUGCUCAAUAAAUGUUAGGCAGCGGUUGCGUGACUUUUCACAGUCACACUGCCCUGUAGGUGGCACCAGUCUUCAGGCUGGCCCCACCUCCAGUUAGAUCCACUUCUUGCCUUGCCCCCACCUCAUGCUACUCCCACCCCAGUCUCUCCAGUGAAUUAAAGGUGUGGCUCACUAGCCCCACCUCCCCUGCUGAAGUCACACUGUGUCCUGAACGUGUUCAUUUCGCUGCCUCAUCUCUGUGCACUUGGUUCCUCGCAGAUCCUGCUCUCAGCACACUGGGGACACGUGUAAGGGGCUCACCCCUGAGUCCAGAUGACACUCAUGCCGAUGGCUUCAGUGAUGGCAGUGACCGAACCGAAAUGGGUCUCGGUGGGGGGCCGCUUCCUGUGGGUGAUGCUGCUGAGCAUGGUGCUGGGGUCCCUGCUGGCCCUGCUGCUGCCUCUGGGCGCCGUGGAGGAGCAGUGUUUGGCUGUGCUCAAGGGCUUCUACCUGCUCCGGAGCAAACUGGACAGGGCACAGCACGCCAAGUGCACCAGCCCGUCCACGGAGGUCAGUGUCACCUCCAGGGAUGCUGCGCUGCUGCUGGUCAAGACCAGGGCCUCUCCAGCAGGUAAGUUGGAAGCCAGAGCAGCUCUGAACCAAGCCCUGGAGAUGAAGCGCCAGGGCAAGCGGGGGAAAGCCCAGAAGCUCUUCCUGCACGCCCUCAAGAUGGACCCGGACUUCGUCGACGCGCUCAACGAGUUCGGCAUCUUCUCGGAAGAGGACAAGGACAUCAUCCAGGCGGAUUACUUGUACACCAGAGCGCUGACCAUCUCGCCCUACCACGAGAAAGCGCUGGUCAACCGGGAUCGGACGCUGCCGCUCGUGGAGGAGAUCGACCAGAGGUAUUUCAGCAUCAUCGACAGCAAAGUGAAGAAGGUCAUGUCCAUCCCCAAGGGGAACUCGGCGCUGCGCAGGGUCAUGGAGGAGACCUACUACCAUCACAUCUACCACACGGUCGCCAUCGAGGGCAACACCCUCACCCUGUCGGAAAUCAGGCACAUCCUGGAGACCCGCUACGCCGUGCCCGGGAAGAGCCUGGAGGAGCAGAACGAGGUCAUCGGCAUGCACGCGGCGAUGAAGUACAUCAACACCACGCUGGUGUCCCGCAUCGGGUCCGUCACCAUCAGCGACGUGCUGGAGAUCCACAGGCGGGUGCUGGGCUACGUGGACCCGGUGGAAGCCGGCAGGUUCCGGACGACCCAGGUCCUGGUCGGGCACCACAUCCCUCCCCACCCUCAGGAUGUGGAAAAGCAGAUGCAGGAGUUCGUGCAGUGGCUCAACUCCGAGGACGCCAUGAACCUGCACCCGGUGGAGUUUGCAGCCUUAGCCCAUUACAAACUCGUCUACAUCCACCCUUUCAUCGACGGCAAUGGGAGGACGUCCCGCCUGCUCAUGAACCUGAUCUUGAUGCAGGCUGGCUACCCGCCCAUCACCAUCCGCAAGGAGCAGAGAUCCGAGUACUACCAUGUGCUGGAAGUUGCCAACGAAGGCGAUGUGAGGCCUUUCAUUCGCUUCAUUGCCAAGUGUACUGAGACCACCCUGGACACCCUGCUUUUUGCCACGACCGAGUACUCGGUAGCGCUGCCAGAAGCCAAACCCAACCAUUCUGGGUUCAAGGAGACGCUUCCUGUGAAGCCCUGACCCUGUAAAUGCUCCCUUGGUGACAAGGGCUGUCCUGGGGGGUGGGGCAGGGGACAGUCAAAGAAACUUAGCAUUUCUAGAAACCUUUCCCAAAGCAAAAGGAAACCUUAAACAUUCUUUACCUCCCAAUUAUUUUUUGUUGUAUUUAAAAGAGAAAAAAACUAAAUUAUUAAGCCUUAUCUCUAAGAUAAUUUAUAACUCAGCCAAGUUAUUUAUUUUCUUAUUUUGGGCAGGCUAGGAAAUGUCGUGCGGCAUUCGCCGGUGGCCACUGUUCAGGUGGUAGUCCCGUGUGACUAGGACACAGGCUUUGGAGCAGAAUUUGCACAAAGGUGGGGCAGAGAGGCCAGGCGCUGUGGGACAGGGCCCAGGGCCAUAGGCGCGACUCUGCCAAGUCUUUCUCUGAGUGGUUCUGUCACUUUAACUGGGAAGUCAGCACUCCUGCUGAGAACCCCAUCCCAGCCUUGAGAAAUGAUGGAAAGCUUGCGUUUGUUUGCGUUCUCAGGUUUUUGCUCCGGUACAAGAUUAGUGUGGUGACUGACUUAUACGGAGAGAGCAAACUUUUGAGAUGAUGUAAGUGAAUGUUGACGUUUCUAGUUGGAUACCUUGCUUACUUCCAGAAGACUCUUUGCGCCAUAGUUUGCAAACUGUAGUGCCAGGGGCUAUUUUUCUAAUUAACAGUAGGGGUGACCAGCUUGGUUUUCUUUGUGUAUUCACGUGUCUCUUGCACUUUAUUUGCAGCAACUCAGACAUGUUUCAGUCUAAAAGUCCUCUGGGCUUGUCACCCAGCAACUGCACUGUGCUGCAGGUGGGGUAUCAUGCAGGUGGGCAAGCCUGCCCGCACCCCCACCGUGUUUUCUGUAGGUAAAUGUUAACAGAACACAUCUGGGAAAACAUGCCACGUCAACACCAAAUAAACAUUUUUGAUGAUGAAUUAGAGCACCAGCUUCUACUGAACGAAGUAAAAACAUCUGACCCCAACCAGGAUGUGUCCCUUUUGUCGUGCAGUCUCCUCCACUUACUGCCCGGACCCCCACCUCCCACAGCCAUCGUACUGUCCAGCGUCCCCUCGGGGAGGCAGGUUGCCUUAGAGUGGCCUUACUUUUCUAGCAACUUGGAAAAUGAUACAUUGUAUGUAAUAUGGCCAAGCUGUCAUCUUAACCAAAGUAGAAAGAAUCUUCCCUUUCAAUCAUAAAUGGCACGUGUGCCAAUACGACCGCUGCUAUUUAGUCAGAACGGCCCAUGGUCACUGGGUCCCCUACCCAGUGACAGAGCCCGUGAUGUCUAACACUGUACUGCACUUCGUCACCGUUUGAAUGAUGGUGACUACACACAGUGUUGUCGCUGAGGAUUCAGUUCCUGAGUCACAAGGUCACUACUCUGAUGUAGUUAAGUGUUUAUACAGUUAUUCAGGUGUGUAAAUAGCACAGAGUGUUUUCUGAAAGGUUAAGAAAAAUAAGUGAAACGAUGUAUGAAAUGGCUCCGGGUGUAAUUCAAACCUUUGUAAAAAAAAAAAAGUUUUCAUACUUUCAUGCUGCCAGAAGGUAUUCCUUCCACCUUAACUCCUCUCUCAUCUUGGUUUUAUAAGCACACCCAGGAAGUCUGACAGAAGUACUUGCUUUGUACUUAUAGAGCGAGAGAAUUUGCACUUUAGCUAUAUGUGAAGGGUAUUAUUUUAACAGAUUAAUGAUUCUAAUAAAGUAUUUUAUUACAGAA